AUGAAACAAAUCAUCAAUUAUCCAGGCCCAGAAGUCAAGGCCAAGAUUACAUGCGCCCCCGUCCCUGAGCCUAGCGCUAAACAAGUGCUUAUCAAGGUCGUCGUCUCCGGCUCUAAUCCCAAGGACUGGAAAUCACCCGAGUAUGCCGCUGCUUAUGAUGGCCCCGACAAUGAUUCCUUCUUCGCAAGGUGCAAGGCUGGUGUGAACCAGGGUGAUGAUAUUGCCGGAAUAGUUGAGAAAGUCGGCAAGGAUGUGAUUGAAUUCAAGAAGGGAGACCGUGUCGCCGCUUUCCAUGAGAUGGGUGCACCUGGAGGUUCGUACGCAGAGUAUGCACUUGCGUGGGAUUGGACCACUUUCCACAUUCCUGCCGAAAAGUCUUUUGAGGAAGCUGCAACAAUACCUCUCGCGGCCCUUACCGCCACUGUUGCAAUGUUCCGCAAUCUCAAACUGCCCACACCCUGGAAUCCCGCAACGACAUCUACACCUUUUGUAGUUUACGGUGCGAGUUCUGCUGUCGGCUCGUUUGCCAUCAAACUCGCACGCAAUAGCAACAUCCACCCAAUCAUCGCCAUUGCAGGAAAGGGUUCUCACUACGUCCAGACACUUAUCGGUAGCACCAAAGGCGAUAUAGUCAUUGACUACCGCAGUGGUGCUGACGAGGUGAUAAGCCAGAUUCGUGCACACCUCAAGGCAGGAAACUACGGGGAAGUUCAACACGGACUUGACCCUGGCAUUGGUGCCCCGAGUCAAAAGGUUUUGACGGAGAUUGUCGCGCUUAACGGAUCAAUCGACCUUGUUCUGCCAAGUGAUUGGGAGGUUGGGUCUGCGCAGACCAAGACUUCGACUUCGGUCGGCAUUGUUCAUAAUCAGGAUAAUGGGGCUUAUGGAGCUGAUGGUGGCGAUCUGGGUUUCGUGACUUGUCGCUGGUUUACAAGGGCGUGGCAGGCGGGAACGUUUGAUGGACAUCCAUUUGAAGUGAGACCUGAAGGACUGGAAGGCGUGGAGCAAGCGUUGAGAGAUCUGAAGGAUGGGAAACAGAGUGCUGUGAAGUAUGUCUUCCGGAUUGCGGAUACACCUGGUCUUUAG